UAUGCCAACGUAAACGAUGUUUAAAUCUCCCAAAAAUUCUCUACUUAAAAAUUGACUUUACCUGUUGUUUUGAGCCAAAAUAUUAUGACAAAGGAUUCAAAUUAAUCAAAAACCAAAAAAAAAAAUCUCAAAAUUCAAAAUUAAAAUAAAAAGAGAAAUAAAUGGUUGUUUCCGUUUUCACCUCGGGAGCACAAAACUCGCAACGUAUGAGGAGAGAAAACAACACACAGAAAGGAAAAACAAAACAAAACCAAAAAAAAAAAAAAAAAGUAAUUUUCCAAAAACAUUUCUUCCAUUCUCGAUCCUUCCCGGCUUGCUCAAAGGGUAAACAAAAAAAUCGAUUUCCUAGGGUUUCGAUUUGCUCCUUUUGACUCAGGUUUGAUCGAUCGGACACGCUACGAUUUGAGAAGCAAUGGCGAAUCGAAUAGAUCACGAGUACGAUUACUUGUUCAAGAUCGUCCUCAUCGGCGAUUCCGGUGUUGGUAAAUCCAACAUUCUCUCUAGAUUCACCAGAAACGAGUUCUGUCUCGAAUCCAAAUCUACCAUCGGCGUCGAAUUCGCCACCCGUACUUUACAGGUUGAAGGCAAAACAGUCAAGGCUCAGAUUUGGGACACUGCAGGUCAAGAGCGUUACAGAGCAAUCACAAGCGCUUACUACAGGGGAGCCGUUGGAGCACUUCUUGUCUACGACAUAACCAAGAGGCAAACCUUUGAGAAUGUCCUGAGAUGGCUACGUGAGCUCAGGGAUCAUGCUGAUGCCAACAUUGUUAUCAUGAUGGCUGGAAACAAAUCAGAUCUGAAUCACCUGAGAUCUGUUGCUGACGAAGAUGGCAGCUCUCUUGCUGAGAAGGAAGGUUUGUCGUUUCUCGAGACAUCUGCUUUAGAAGCAACCAACAUCGAGAAAGCGUUUCAGACCAUUUUGUCUGAGAUUUAUCAUAUCAUAAGCAAGAAAGCCUUGGCUGCACAAGAAGCUGCAGGUAACCUUCCGGUUCCGGGCCAAGGAACUGCGAUCAAUAUAUCAGAUUCAUCCGCUACUAACAGAAAAGGGUGCUGUUCUACCUAGUUACCCUCCCAACUAUAGCACAUGACUAAUCAACUAGUCACACUUUUGAGUUUUUUUCAAGAAUAUCUCUUUUGAUCUUUUCCAGUUUCUUUUUAUUUUUUUUAACUUCAGCAAGUAUAGCAUACCUUUUUCUUUUACCAGGUCUUUGUUCUUCCGUAUUGAAUUUAUCAUUUUAUGUUACAAGGAGUCUGCUUAGUUGUAUUGAGACACAACAUUUUCCCAGGAACAAAAAAAAAAGUAUUUUUUCACCA